CUGAUAAGUAAACAGCAACACUGCGCUCAGGUUACAGAAUAAAUAGAUAAGGUUUAACAGGUGAAAAAAGAAAUCAAUUAGGCUAUCAUAUCUGGAAGUACCAGAUCAUGUCAAUAUCAGUUUGUGAUUUCGACUGUUAGAGUGACGACGCUUAUUUUCUGAGAGGAAAAAUACGGACCAAAAUACUGACAACCAACGAUUCAAAUUUUAAAAUUGGAAAUUGAUUAAAAUGUGACUGAAAAUAGAAAUAUGACUGAUGACGGAAAUGUUUAAACGCCCUUGUGUAUUGAUAACUUUAUAAACGAAGAAUUCCGGACUAGUUGAUAGGUUAUUAACAAUUAAAGCAGGGAUACACCAAUCGGUACAAAGACACACUACGGAAGAAAAACACAGUGGAUUAAGAAGUCAUUGGGAAGUUUUAAUGAUUGUGCUCUUAAAUUAACGUUGUAGCAUAUCAUACUAUUAAACUACAAUAUAUUGUCUCUGUGACGUUAAAAAGAUAACUGUUACCUUUACAACUUUAUUACAAUAUGAAGGGUUCAACAGUAUCUGCUGUUUCGACGACAGACGUUAUAAAAGACGCUUGCGCGUUGCAAAUGCCGAAACCAGACGAACAAUUCUCGGACGCCAUAGAUCUUUCGAACGCUUGCCGCCAGUUCUACCAGACAAGAAAGCAGGCGACAGCUGAAGUCAAGCGACGUCUGACAAGCUCAGGACGCACGAGAAAGGCGCAGACGACUUUUACAAAGAUAGAUGAUGCCAUGGACACGCUUCGACAGGAAAUGGCAUCUUUGAUGGAGCUGGACCUCUCUUUGAUGAAGCAACUUCUCACGCUGAACGAGACCGUCGAGGAUCUCAAGUGGCAGCGGAAAUUCUACACCCACCAAUCAUCGCUGCCAUCCAGCUCAUGUGACCUCUCCGUGCCAUCUGAUUGGCUAGUUUCAGACACGGAGAUACACGAGUCUGUUUUCGAAGAUAAUCGAGCUUUGCCGAAGUUGUCGUCAACACCAAAUUGUGGCGUAGUGACAUCGAGUCCCCGCCCCGAUGACAUUGACGUCGAGUUUAACUUUGACGCCAAAAAUUCAGCUAGUUACAGGGAACAAGAUUCGUUCGACUCUGGCAUUCAUGAACACACAUCAAGUGACUCGUUCCCGUAAAGUAUAUGUGGCUAUAUUGUGGCAAACCUCGGGGAACAUUUUGGUAUAAAAGAAGCGGAACAAACACUUAACAUGCAGUCUUUCAUUCAUAAUACCAAGAAGGAAAGCACUGCGGAGAUGGGGUUGAGCAAGGAAGCACAAGAGCACACUAUGAUUGGAAUAAUUACUAUUAUUCAAUGUGCAUUGAGCACACCGAGUGCGCAAAUAAGACAACUCAUUGUUUGCUUUUGACCUUAAUGUUCAUGUUCAAUUUCCAUGUAUGAUUUGAGAUCUCAUUGACACUGCCCAAGUUCUGUAUUCGUUUUAGUGUUUCCAUUUAUCUCACUGUAGGUUUAACGAAACCAUGUAUUGUGGUCGAUGUCUUGUCUUUUUUGUAUCUCCAUGUUUCAAUUACUCGCCUAUAUCAUAACUGUAACUUCUAUCUCUAAACAAAUAGUAUUUAUGUCAUAAUCUGACGUGCAAUAAACAUCAAAUUAAUAAAUUGAUUGAUUAG